UUUUCGCAGUCGUGUUUGUUUCUCUUCGCAUAGUUUUCAAAGGCAACAGCUGUUAUCUGAACCCCUCUUCCCAAACAGAUCAAAUCCGUAUUUUCAACUCCGGAAACCCCCCAACGAUUUUGUGUCCUCUUUUACCUGCUGUAUUCUCGCCCAAGGGCUCAGAACUUGAUUUUUCAUGGAGGGGGUUGGAGGUGAUGGUACCUCAACAGCAACUGCGGCAUUGAACCAACGGAGGCAUGAAGUGUCGAAGCUUUUCCAGUAUUAUUUAGAUAAAUCUACUCCACAUGCUCUUUAUCGGUGGAUUGGAACUUUUCUUUUGAUGUGCCUUUAUGCCCUGAGGGUCUACUAUGUUCAGGGAUUCUACAUUGUGACCUAUGGUUUGGGUAUCUACAUUCUGAAUCUGCUCAUUGGGUUUUUGUCACCUCUUGUUGACCCGGAGCUGGAACCGACAGAUGGACCUCUGCUGCCAACAAAGGGCUCAGAUGAAUUUAAGCCCUUCAUUCGUCGUCUCCCUGAGUUCAAAUUCUGGUAUGCCAUCACUAAGGCAUUCUGUGUGGCAUUUGUGAUGACCUUCUUUUCCAUGUUUGAUGUCCCAGUAUUUUGGCCUAUACUGUUGUGUUACUGGCUUGUUCUUUUUGUACUGACAAUGAAGCGUCAAAUCAUGCAUAUGAUUAAGUACAAAUACAUCCCAUUCAACAUUGGGAAGCAGAAGUACAGAGGUAAAAAACCUGCUUCCAGUGCCAGCAGCCCCCGAGCUGACUGAACUUCUGCUGCUUUAUGAUCAACCGAUUGAGAUAAAUCCGAAGGACCCGAGAUAAGGGAAGAGGAAGCAGACGGGGAAGAAGAACCAAGAUGGAAAGGAAAGGGAAUGAUGGGUUUACAAUGUUUUAGUUUAUGGGAUCUGUAUUUACAUUGGAAUAUUGACACGUACCUAAAUAGAAUGGUGAGCGAUAUGGUUGGGUUCAGUUGUGUGCUGUUAUUGGAUUGUGGCAGCAAAACUGUUAAUGAUGCAGGCAAAGUAGUAAAGCUUCAUAUUGUUUUAGACACACCAAGGAAAAAAAUUGUUGGGUGGUUAUGACGUGAUCCAUCUCUCCUGUUUUUGGUGGUUGAUGUGAUUGAUCAUUUUUGUUUUAUUA